AUGAACUUAAUCCACUCAACCCUCGACACUCUCCGCGACCGCUGGGCCCCAAUCUCGCACACCUCCACCUUCCGCACCACGGGCCAAGUGACACCCGAAGAAUUCGUCCUCGCCGGCGACUACCUCGUUUACAAAUUCCCCACCUGGUCCUGGUCCGACGCCUCGACUCCUUCCAAGCGCGUCACCUAUCUGCCUCCCACAAAACAGUUUCUCAUAACGCGCGGCGUGCCAUGUCACAGGAGACUCGACGAGAAUUUCGCGGGCGAUGCGGGGCAGGAUGAGGCGAUGGUGCAGGAUGGAUUUGCGGCCGGAGGGGAAGGAGGAGGAGGGGCAGGUGGGGAAGACGACGGAUGGUUGCGGACGGGCGGGUUGGCUGCGAGCCAAGAGGCGAGGAUGAGGGAUGUGCGGACUGUGGAUGAAAGCGGGAAUGUAGGGGAACGGGAAGAGGAAGAAGAAAUACCGGAUAUGGAAGACGAAGACGACGAUGAAGAGGCUAUAAUCCGGGACCCGAAAGCCAGCGGUACUACUGCACCCCUCCGAACCUACACAGUCUACAUAACUUACACCCCCUACUACCGAACCCCCCGACUCUACCUAUCCGGCUACUCCUCGUCCUCGCACCCGCUGUCCCCACACCUAAUGAUGGAAGAUAUAGUCGGCGACUACGCUGACAAAACCGUGACACUCGAGGACUUUCCCUUUUUCGACAACUCAGUGAAAAUGGCGUCCAUACACCCGUGCAAACACGCCAGCGUCAUGAAAGUGUUGCUCGACCGUGCAGACGCGGCGCUGAAGAUACGGCUGGAGAAGGUGCGGAGAGGGAAUGGUGGUGGAAAGGGAGCGGAAGGGCGGGGGAAGGUGGAGAGCGGGAUGGAAGGGUUGGUGGACGAGAUGAAUGCGACGCAGAUUGCAGAUCGGAGAGGCCAUAGCAGUGGGGUAGCUGCCGCGGGCGGAGGAGGCGGUGACGAGUGGGAGGUCCUGCAGCAUGAGGGUGGGGUCUCGGAAGAAGACGAGGUGGCGAUUAGGGUGGAUCAGUAUUUGGUUGUGUUUUUGAAGUUCAUGGCCUCGGUGACGCCAGGGAUCGAGCACGAUUUCACAAUGGGAGUCUAG